GUCCGUCUUUGCAAAUCCUGGCUCUCCCAUUUGCUGCCAAAUCCGGGGGCAGCCCCGCCCAGCCCAUGGCCGCUGGGACCGAGCACAGCGUGGCCGCGGCCACACACGAGGCGAAGCAGCCGCUCGACAUCAGCCGUCCGCCCGCCGGGAUUCUCAUCGUAGACAACUUCCUCGACGAGGCGGAGAUUUCUGAUGCUCUCACCCAGCUAGACCGCCUCGAACAAGAGCGCGGCGAUCAGCAGACCGCCACUUGCCCCGCCAAGCGACAGUUCCUCAUCAACGUGCCCGCCGUUGCCGACCGGCUUCGCUCGGAGAUUGACGCCUCGCUGGGACUUGUCCCCAUUGAGGCCACGGAAGGAGGCGCGCCACAGCAAGAAUGGCUGCCCGCGCGAGUCAUGCACGGCCCCACCGCGGAGCACCGGGACGAGCCCCAGAGUGCGGCGCCAUGGGCACAAAGCCUGGAUGCCACCAGGCAGCUGGAUGCCAACAAGGAGGCUUACCGGGGUGGAUACAUCGCCAUCGUCUACCUCGGCGGAGACGGCGCACUAGUGCUCGGCUCUGGCCCGGCUGCGCGCGAGGUGCCCGUCGUCCCAGGCCGCCUCGUGGCGUGGCCCAACACCGACUUUGUCCACUCGGCCGUUGGGCACGAACGCCGCCUCCUGGGCCCCCUCGCCGUUGUCCCAGGCGACCGCACCGCGCCACUGUGGCUCACAGUCAUAGCUUCAGCCGUGGGAGGAAGCCCUAUUUUUAAGGGAAUAAUGUGCGCCAUCAUCGCUUGGCUCAUCGCGCAGUUGACGAUGGGGAUCGUGUUCCUGGACGACGAUUCAAAGUGCUCAUCCAAUGCUGCUCCGUUUGGCUUGGCUAUCUGGAACCUGACCAGCUUUUGCUGGAAGGCUUUCAUCAUGGCUUACUUCGUCAUCUUCCUGAAAGGAACCGAGGAUGAAAGGAAGGCACGGUUCCACAGACAAGUCACGUUCUACCUGCUCGUCAUCCAUUGGGUGUGGAUUAUCCUCGGGUUGGUCAUCACAAUCAACAUCGACAUAUCUGGCUCCCAUUCGUCUUGCCCCUCAGGCCUGUACUGGUUCACCGUGCUCUCCAUCGCCGCGCUAUACGUCAACAUGUCGCUCAUGAUGGUGCCAGUCGCGUUGGAGUAUACAAAAUGGCAAGCACUUGCAAUCGGUGGGCCUAUCGUCGGAGCAUGCGCAGUCGUUGCGCUGGCCUUGGCAACAGAGGUGCCCUGGUUUGGUGUGAUCCUCGUCGCCGCAUCGACCUUCCCAACUUUGGUGAUCCUUAACCUUGUGGCUAUUGACGUGCGCAAAUUCAUUUUCUACAAGGCUUAUUUAUUGGAGGAGAUAGAAAAACUUGAGCACAAAUUAGCCAAGGCCAAGCAAGAAGAUGAACCAGGGAGUGUAGAUGAGUACUCGCGCAAGCUCGCCGACCGCCGCGCGGAACUCGCGUCGCUCGGGAACUCUAGCACCCGAGCACCCCGGGAGGGCGAGGUCGUCGAGGCGGCAUCAGUUGGCAUCAUCCCCCCGGGCGGCGUGGAGGUCGAGGCGCCGCCCGGGAGACUCGGACUCCGCUUUGAGACCGGCACCGGACACCAGGUCAUCAGCGUGUCGGCGUCGAGCCCGCUCGCGGGCCGUGUCUCGGUCGGCGAUCGGCUCGUCAGCAUCAGAGCGCCCGGGCGGGAGUUCUACUGCGGCAGCCUUCGCACAGGCAGCGACAUCGUCGCCGAGUUCCGAGCGACAGCUGGCACCAAGCGCGUCCUGACCUUUGCCAGGGACAGCAAGAGACAAUCUUUGCUCCAGGCACACUGAGAGGGGUCCCGCAAGUAGUAGCUAGUACGGUUUUGGGGACGCUAAAUUUGAAAAUCAG